AUGCUUAAAUUUCUAUUCAUAUCAAAGCCAUCGUUAAAGUUAUUUCAAAGGAGUAUAGUAUGCUUCUCAUAACAAUCGACUUUAAGAGAAUAGGAUUAUAUGUCUGAUGGAGAAACUGAUAUAGAGUCUAAAAACUUACUUAGUAAAUUUGAGGUUUUUUAACAUUUUGCAAAUGCAUAAACAAUUGAAGAUGUCAUUAAGGCUUACAAAGAGAACAAUUUAACAUACGAAUAGAUUCAUUUUGCAGCAUUUUAACUAAUGAAUAUUAUCAAUUACAAAUAAUUCUCUUCAGAUUCCUAGUUAGACUAAUUUAUCUAAGAGAAAAUUAUUCCAUAUUUUGAUAAAUUGAGUUGCGAACAAAGCGUUACAAUUGUAUAAUUAUUUUUAAAACUGUAAAAUAAAUCCUAUAGCAUUUAAAUAAAGAGGCACCUAGAUUAAAAUUUAAAAAACUUUACAUAUUUAUAAUUGCCAUAUGUUUUUUCAUUUUACUCAAAAUAAGGAUGGAAAAUUGCUUAUAUUGGUAAAUUAUUGAAAUAUCAAUUAUAAACCUAAACUUUUACUGCUCACUCAUUAUGUUAAAUUAUAAGAGGAUGUUAUCUUGAACAUAGUAAUCUUAAAUAGAACUAUCAUUCAGAUUUGGCUUUUUAAGCAAGUCAAUAGUUAAUUACUCUAAUUGAAAAUAUCAAUUUUCAUGGCUUAGUUGCUGUUUUCAACUAACUAGCUAGAAUGCAAUUAGAUAAAAAUACUUCUUAUAAAAGAAUUCCAGAAAUACUUCAUAAACUUUCCCAAAGGUUUAUCUAAAAUUUUGAUAAAAUCUCGUAAUAUUCUAAAUUGAAACUUUUAGAAGCAUAUUCUGAGCUACCUGAAUCAUUCCCAAAUGAUCUUUAUUUAAAAUUAUGUCAAUCAUUUGAAUCUGAUAAUUUAACUAUUUCUAAUUAAUUGAAGUUAUACAUUUUUUUAAAAAUUUAAAAAUAGAAAAAUUAACCAAAGGCUGAAAAUCUAUAAAAACUAUUAAAUAAGAUAAAUUUUGAAGAAAUUCUGGAUUCAGGUUUAUUAAUCAAAUUUCUUGAUAUCGAGUUCGGUGAAUAAAACUAAAAUAUUAUUAGAGUUUGCAUAAAAUACUUAAAAAAGAAUUAUUAUUAUCUAAGUGUUAAGUAAAAAACAGAUUUUAUAAAAGUUACCAUAAAAUAAAAUCAAUUAGAUGAGAUUUUAGAUCUAAAUAAAAUUAAUGAUAAUUUCUAAUUAAAAAUUAUUGAAUAAAUACAUAAUCUUCAGAAAUAGCUUGAUAGUUUCAAAUCUAUUCAAGUAUAAAACAAUAUCAAAGCAUGCAUUGAUUCUUUUUUGAAUAAAGCAUAAAAUUUAGAUUAUAAUAAAAAAUUAAAAAUAUCUUCUUACAUAAUUACUUUAGAUUCAUAUGAUAAUGAUCCGUUCUAUAAAUUUAUUGAUUAACAUAUCAAACUGGAAUCUUUACCAGAGUCUUAUUUUUUAGAUUUUUUACUUAGGUUAAAUAGCAAACAUCAUUACAAUUAAAAUAUAAGAAAAAAAAGUGAGGAAAUGAUUCCAUCAUUUGAUUAAUUAUAAGGAAUUUUAAACAAAUUAAACGAAAUAGAAUUUUUGAAUGAUAAAUUAGUGAAAUCUAUAGCAAAAUGGUUCUUAACUCUUAUUGAUAGAAGUAUUAGAGAUCAAUCUUUUAAUAUAAACUCUUCAUUAAAUCUGUUGUUUACAUUCAUUCUUAAUUGCCCUAAAAAUUCACUGUUUAACAUGAGAGGGACUAUCUUUUAAACAAUUAGAGAAUUAAUUGAAGUAUUAACCAAACAAGUAAAUUAGUCUCAAAUGAAAAUUAAUAUUAAGAUAGGAUUACUCUUAAAAUUUAAUGAAUAAUAUAAUAAAUUAGAUUUAAGGACAAAUUUAAUCGUUAAUAUUUGCUAAAAACUUUGCAAUUAAAUUGAUAAUUUUGAAGAUUUUGAGAAAUUGUAAUUAGCUGUUCUUAUUACUGAAAAUAAUAUUUAUUCAUUCCAGAAUUUAACAGAUAUCAAUAAUUUUUUAAAUUUGGCAGUUAAAGUUGAAUUAGAAUCAUAUGAGGUUAUUUUGAUGAAAACAAAAGUAUAUUUUUAUUUAAUGAAAAACUAAUCAAAAUUACAUUGGACACCAGAUGAAGAAUCAUUUAAAUUAAUGAUAGAUUAAUUAAAAUAAGAAAUUAUAAAAUUUAAUUUAAAUCAGACAAAAACAUCAUAUUUGGAUGGUUUAAUGACUUUAUUGGAAUAUGAUGGCUGGAGAUUCAAUAAUCUAAAAUAUGAAGAUGAUGGAUUAAAAGAUUUUAUCUAAAUAUAUUUUAAUAAUAUCGACCAUUUGUUGACAAUUAAUAAUAUGAGGGCUGGUUUAAAAAGUAUUCUAAAAACUAUUGGAUAGUUUGAUUCGAAAUAUUAAUUCAUCAGAAAUUAUGAUAAACUAUUUAAGAAAAUGUUAUAAAAGUGUCAUGAUUUAAAAUCUUAUGAAUUACCUUAGAUUUCUGUUUGUUUAGACUAUAUUGAUUUUGCAAGGAAAAUUAAAGUAAAUGAUGAAACUAUUCUUGUUUUAGUUGAUUAAAUCAGAAAGCAAAUAGAAAAUUUAAAACAAAUUUAAAUGGUUGAAAUCUUAUAAAAUUUGUCAGAUUAAAAAAUAUACUCUUAAUCAUUAUUUGAUGCUGUGAAUAAAUAGAUUUAAAAAAAAAUAUUAUUUUAUAGUAGUUUUGAAUUGAUAGAUAUACUAAACUCUUUGGCAAAACUUGGUUAUUACAAUGAAUCAUUAAUUUUGAAUAUUUUAGAUAAAUUAUAAAAUGAAUAAAGAUUUUAAGUAAAUUCUACAACAUUUGUAUAAACUUUAUGGAGUGUUCUAAUUAGUUUAUAAUAUUUGAAAAAAAGCUUAAAUAAAUGUUAUUAUCAUAGAUAUGAAAGAUUGAUUACAAAUCUUAUGCAGGAGUAUGUUAUUUAAUAAUAAUGUUACAUAGAUUUUAAAAGUUUCCGAAUGUAUAUUUAAGCUCUAAAAUGCCAGUUGUCUUUCGCUAAUUUAUGGACAUAUAUAAUCUAUUAGAAUUUAGUUUACAUUUAGAUUUAUGUAAGAAUGUUAGAUAUAUUUUUUUAAGAAUUCAAUUAAAAGCAAUAAAUGCUAGGAAAACAAAUAAUUGAGAGUGGAAAAAAUUUAAUUCAUACAAAAUUUAUUCCAAAUUAAAAAUUAUCUUAGUCAUUCAAAAACUUAAUGCAAUUUCUUGAUAAAUCUUAGAUUGAAUAUAAAGUAAAUUAUUUCCUUGACAAUUAAUAAGUUGAUUUCUAUAUUUAAAUGAGAAAUCAAAUAAUAUCAGUAGAUAAUUCAUUAUAUGUUACUUUUGAUAAGGUACAUAAUUGUCUUUAUCAAGAAAAAUUACACUGGUUUUCAUUAUUUUAAUAAAUGGAUUCUUGAAGGGGUGGCUAAAAAAUAUGAAUUAAAAGAAAUUCGAGUUAAUGCUUAUGAAUGGAAUCAGAUGACUGAUGAUCAAAGAAGAAAGGUUUUGUUAAUGUGA